AUGGCCUGGCGGCGGGCGCUGUUGCCCGCGCGCCUCCCUUGCGGCCCUUUGGGCCCCUUCCGCCCCUUGGCCCUCCGCUGCGGCCUGCGCGGCUUCGCCGCUCGGGAUGCCUACACGGUCAUGGGCCUGGACCGGCGUGCUUCGCAGCAGGAGGUCAAGGAGCGUUUCCGAGUCCUGGCGAAGCAGUACCACCCGGACCUGAACACUGGAGAUCGUACAGCUUCCCUGAAGAUGGCGGAGCUGACAUCUGCCUACGACACUUUGAUGGACCCCAAGCGCCGGGCCGCUCUGGACCAGGCGACCGCCGGCACCUCUGCAGGCGCCGGCCCGGGCUCCUCCUACACAGGCGGAUUCCCUUACGAUGACAGCGACGGCUGGGUCUCCCCCUCGCAGAUGUUCUCGGAGUUCUCGGAUCUCUUCGGCCGCAACUCCCAGUUCCGGCCCAACAUGGAUGCCUCCGCCGCUCAGAGGGGCGAGGAUGUCACCACUCACCUGGACGUGACGUUCCUGGAGGCCGCCCAAGGAUGCGAGAAGGAGGUCUCGCUCAGACUGAAGCAGGUGUGCCCCGACUGCCACGGUUCAGGCGCUCGAGAGGGCACAAGCUGGUCGAAGUGCCGUGUUUGCAGAGGCUCUGGUGUUCACCGGCAAGAGAAGGGCAUCUUCAGCAUGGGCCUCCCUUGCCAGAGGUGUCGUGGCAGCGGCAUGGUCUUGGACCAUCCCUGUCGUGGCUGCCGCGGCGAGAGCACCAAGAUGAUGACCCGCGAUAUUCGCAUCAACGUCCCAGCAGGGGUGCGGAACCUUAUGGAGCUGCGGGUCCCCGGUGCUGGGCAUGCUGGCAGCCGGGGCGGGAAGGCUGGCCACCUUUUCGUGCAAGUGAAGGUCUUGCCACAUGACAGGUUCCGGCAAGUGGACGACGACGUGCACUUGGACGUGCCGCUCACGCUUCGAGAGGCGCUGUUGGGAGCGGAGGUCUUCAUCCCCAACCUGGAGGGGACCAGCGAAAGGCUUGUCAUCCAGGCACCGGCGCAGCCUGGGACGACCAAGGUGCUGAGAGGCCGCGGCCCUCCAAAGCCCGGAAACCAGGGUCGGGGGCACCUGGUCUUGCACUUCCUCCUGCACCUGCCGCGGAGCCUCAGCAAGCGACAGGUGGAAUUGAUUGAAGAGUUCGACAGCCUUGCGGCGGAUGUACCUGACCGUGGGGCGCCGAGGACAUCGAAAGGUUCUGCUCGUGCUCAUCUCUCGUCCUCCGCGCUGGCCUCGCGGGAGUCAAGCCGAGCCUCGGGAGGAAUGCUGCGCGGAGAGGAAUCCACGAACGACAGCAGCAACCGUGCCUGGAGUGAGCUUGCGUCGGACGCAAAGGAGCCGGACGUCAUCGCCAAAACCCGGCAGCGCGUCCGCGAGGUGAAGGAGCGUGAGCGGCUCGAGAGGCUGCGAGAGGAGGAGGAGAAGGAGCAGCGAAAGAAGGACGCCCAGGUCCAGCACGAGGAGCGCAUCAAGCGUCAGGAGCAUGAGAAGCGGCAAAGGCUGCUUGAGAAGAGGGUGGAGCAGGAGUCAAAGAUGGCCAAAGAAGCCGAAGAGAGAAGGAACGACGAGGAGCGGCGGCGGCAGCAGGAGGAGAGAGCCCGGUCUUUGCAGCGCCAGAUGCAGGCGCGGAUCAAAGCUGAGAAAGAGCGGGCCGCCAAAGAGAAGAGAGAGCUGGAGCAACAUGAGAAGGAUGAGAGACGCCGCAACGAAGAGGAGGCGGCGAAGCGAGCAGCCGAAGCUACUGAAGCCGCCAAGAGAAGGCUGGCUGAGCGGAAGAAGCAGCAGGACAAGCUGAGAAAAGAUGAGGAGGAGGCGUCGCAGCGGGCCGAGAGCCAGGGCAGCCGCAGCCGCCAUCGGGAGGAGAGCGCGGAGGCGGCCUCCGCAGCCUCCGCGGAGGCGCUGCGCCGCGCCGGGGAGCGGGUGCGGCACCGCUCUUUGGAGCGGAGGAGGGAGGAGAAGGAGCUGAAAGCCAAGGAGGCCUUGCAGAGGUGCGAGGUGGAGGAGGAGCUCCGGGCCGCCCGCGAGGAGCUCGAGGCCCGGCGCCGCUGCGCGGCGCAGCGCGCCGCCUCGCGGCAGCGCCGGGAGAAGGAGCAGGAGGACAAGCUGAGGGCGGAGCGCGAGGAGCAGAACGCGCAGAUGAAGGAGAAGCGCCAGCUCUACCGGAACCCCCGGGCCAUCGCGGAGCUCCGAGCCUCGGAGGCGCCCAUGCCGCUGACGCACGAGCAGCGCCGCUCCCACUCCCGGCGCCGCCAGGCGGAGCAGGACAAGAUGCGGCGCUACGCCGACGGGGGGCCUGUCGAGACCGAGGACAGCGGCCGUCCGCCGCCGCUGCCGGGUGGCGCCUCCGGCUCCCGCGUGCGGCGCGGCAGCCGGAAGGCGGCCGAACGUGCCCGGCUAUCGCCCAGCUCCUCGCUCACGCACUGCUCGGAGACGGACUCGGUGCUCGAGCCCUUGGAGGAGCCCGCAGAGCCCGCGGAGCCCACGGAGCACCCUCCGCCGACCACGGCGACCACGGCGACCCCAACUGGCGAAGGAAGCGUCCGAGAAACUCCAGAACAUGCGCCGCAUGCGCCUGGCCUGUCUGGCGUGAGCCAUGACAUCCACGUCGAUGAGAGCCAAGUCUGCCAAGUGCCAGAAGAACUGGUGCCGGAGCCAGUGGAAGACCCGCUGGAGCCAUUGGAGCCAUUGGAGCCUGAGGGUCCUGAGGAGUUGGAGGACUUGGACGAGGUCGAGUCCAACUUGAGCAUUAGUCUUCACAUCAAGAUUUGA